AUGAGUGGAAACUCACAAACUGCUAGAGCCCUUACGCGGGCUGCAUCGGCUGAUGGGUUUAAUCCAUCCAAUACGGGCGCGUUUUCCCCCGAUGUUGAGGAUUUUGAAGCACUUGAAACUCAAGCCCGCGCAGCACUGGAGGAUUUGGCAGCGAAUGGAAGUCGCAAUGAGGCCUUAACGGUGGAGUACAUGUGCAUUUUAAGAACGUAUCGACAGGCCUGUGAAAGGCGUGCGCAAUAUGUUGAAGCAGACCUCGUGCAGCGGGUGUUGCGGUACAUGCGGUUAGAUGAGGAGACGCGCCACGUGUGUGGUUUGACGGAGCUUCAAAGGCAGGAGCGGGAUGCCAUUGAAACUUUACACCGUGAAGAGGUUCAGGAGUUUCACCAUGCGUGGAACAUGCGAAUAGAUGAAUUGGAGGAAGAGCAACUGCGGUUGGAAACAGCGCUUAUUGAGCGCCAAAAUGCAGAGCUGCAGUCCUUCUAUGAGGAGGUCAACAGUUUAAACCCGCACGCAGCAAAGUGUAGCAGGGGGUUGUUGUACGCGCGCGCAGUAGAGCACAUUCUCGCGUCCCAGCGGGAAUACGUACGCGCCCACAAGAAAAAAAAAGAAGCCGAUACUAUCGAGGCAAGAGAUGCCGAGAGGUUUGUCCAGGCGAAGGUGGAACUGCUUGAGCGACGUGAGGCGAUGAUGCGGCAGAAGCAUGAACAAGAACGACACGUGCUUGAGGUAAAAGCUAAAAGGCGCAGAGCGGAGAUGGAGGCGGCCCGAAAGAGGGAACUUUACAUCUUGCUGAGGCGGUAUUUGAAUGCACAGCGUGAGUUGGAACUUCACCAGAACAUUGUUCGGAGUAAAACGGGAACUAUUCUUCUGAAACACGCCAGCAACACCAAGGGAAAUACGAGCGGAACUGCUGUGCUGGUGGAGAGCGCAGAGUCCGGCGCAUUUGGGAUAAGGGCAAGGAAGCAACAUUUAGACAAUUUAGUCGAUUCGUGCACAUUACCAAAAAUUGGGACAAAGCCGAAGUAA